AGAAUCCCAGAGCUUGUCUUCUGAGCAGCCAUGGGACGCCCAGGCUUCGCAUUUCCUCCAAUGUUUUUCUUCCUUGGACUGUUCUGGUUUCUACCACCAGCAAGCGUCCAGAGGACAAACACAAUUGGCACAUGUCAGACUGAGACUCUGGGAAGAGAAUUCAUCACCUCCUACAUGGACGACUGUGGGAACUCUAGUCAAUUUGAAGUGCAAAUUACUGGUUACUUUGCCUUCACUUCAGUGUCUGUUUCCAUCUCCAAUUACACGGGUGAUGGGGGAAGGUUUGAGGAGAAGAUUAUGGUAAAUCGGGGAGAGAUGGUGCGGGUCAGCCUACCAGAGUCAGUGGGAAUUAAGGGUGUUAUCAAGUUCUCCAAGGUGGUCCUAGUCAAGGCUGACAAAGAUAUCUCAGUAGUGUCUGUCAGCAACAAAGAUGUGAACCCUGAGACCACUGUGCUGUAUCCUGUCUCCUGCUUGGGAAAUGAACACUACAUAGUUACUCCCCCUACAGAAUCCUUAGAUAGUUACCCAGAGUUCUCUGUUAUGACAUACGAAGACCGCAACCUUGUGACGGUCCAUGUGAAAGGCAAGUUACGUUAUGGAACACGGGUCUACUCCACUGGUGACACACUGAAAAUUAUACUCCUUGCUUUCCAAGGCUACCGGUUACAAGGCAUAGCAAAUGUGUCUGGCACCAGGAUUGUCUCAGAAAAGCCAGUGGCUGUCUUGGUUGGCCAGGUGUGUUUCUGUACUAGCACAAAAUGCAACCAUGUCUUUGAGCAGCUCCUACCAGUUUGCAGCUGGGGUACAACAUACAUCAUUCCUCCCUUACCCUGGCAGAAAGUAGAUGAAAUAGUCUACAUCACUGCUUCCCAGAGCACAACUGUGUUGUAUCAGCUAGGGGAACAGGCAGAGACUGUUACUCUAGCAGGAGGCAGUGUACUCCAGCGUCCUGUCAAGCCCUCGAUCCCAGUCUACAUCUCUGCUAAUGUGGGCAUCCAGGUGGUGUUCUACAGCGUGGGCGCAGCUAUCCCUAAUUCCUCCCACGCCUUCCUGAUGAAUGUUCCAGAUGUUGCCAGUUACUGCCGGAUGUAUUCUAUAAAUGCCCAGGAGGGCUUCGAGAACUUUGCCUUGAUGGUGGCCAAUACAGCAGAGACUGGCGCCAUCAUCCUAGACAAUCAGCCUGUAAGGGAUGUGGUGUGGAACCGAGUCUCUGGCACUGAGUUCGUUUGGAGCAUGCAUAUGCUUGCACCUGCCAUCAGAUCCCAUGCUGUGGAACAUCCCAGCUCUCCAUUUGCGCUCCUGAGUGUUGGCACUGCCGCCAUGGACAGCUAUGGGAUUCCAGGUUCCUGCAGGGAGGAUGUUACCUUUAAAUGCCAGACUGAGACUCUAGAGAUAAAAGAGCAGAUGGAGAUGUGCAAAGAUGUCUUUCUGCAGGGGAGCACCAGUGAAUUUUGCUCCUUCGUGAAUUCAACCUUAGUGAAUUUGGAGACCAUGUGUGCCCAGGACAGAGCAGUAUCGCUGCAGGAAGUUGCUGGCCCCUUUGGUUCCUUCCUGAAUAGCUUCACUCUCAGUGCUGGUGGGAACGAGAACAAGAGGGAAAUUGCCUCCACCAUGACGUUCCUCCUGCAGAGUGUGGAAUUGGCUGCACUGACAGCUGCUUUGAUGUCUCCGGAGAUCACGACCCAGACCGUGACAACAGAGUCUAUGGCAAUCAAGACGCUCCUCGUUGUCCCGGCUGCUGGUCCCUGUGAUGAUGUCUUCAGGCUGAGAGCUCAGGAGGAGACAAUGGACAUUCACUGCGAUACGAUCACCAGAGCAGCCACAGAAGAUUCUGUGGCUGUUGCUUUUAUUUCUUACUCCACCCUGGACUCCAUCAUUGACAAGAGAUUUCUCAACGAGGGAGAUCUAAUGGCUGAUGAGAAAUUGAGGAAUUUUCACCUGAAUUCCAGGGUGGUGAGUGGGGCUGUCAGAGAUGGGAGGCUCAUGAACCUCUCCAAACCUGUGAACUUCACCCUGCGCCAUAGACAGGCAAAGAAAGAGGAGGAAGAGGCUCUCUGUGUUCACUGGAAAUUCAUCGCUGGGAAAGGCACCUGGACUCCAGACGGCUGCACCGCUCUGUACACGAACAGCACUCACACCAUUUGUAGCUGUAACCAUCUCUCCAGCUUCGCACUCCUUAUGGGUCUCUCACCGGAGUGGAGGUAUCUCACUGUCAGACUCAGAUCAAAGGGCUGGACUCUGAGCUCCUUACUCAAGUAGAAUCAGUGGGAAUUUUGACGGAAUGAAUGCUGAGUAGGAACCUCAGAGUAUAAUCCAUGGCCAGGGCAGGCUGCAAAAAGGAGAGCAGAUUCCCCUAAAACUGCUGGUUAACUCUGUAGUUAGAAUCACCAACCAGUCACAAUCUGUGCUCCGGAUCCCCCACACUGGUUAUCGAGAAGCUGAAAAAAAGAAAUCCCUUAGCCCCCUUUAUUGCAUUCCAGUUUCUGGCCCCCAAUCAGCAGAUAGGUCCAGUAAAGUGAGAAGUUACUUAAAACUCUAUUCACUUAACAAAAUGUUCCUCUGAUCCCCAAAGGGGCAGCCACAUUGCCAGGGCAAUAUUAGUUUGGAUUAGUGUGGAAAAUACCACACUGCCAGCCAGUCCUUUAGUAUCUAAAACUAGUGGUUUUAUUAUACAUGAAAAAAAAAGAAAAGAGAGCUGUUAAAUGAUCAGAGCAAUCUGAUACAUAUGACUUCAAGGUCCAAAUAUCAGGUUCAUAGCAGUGUUGGCGAGUUUUCUGGCUUGUAAAGUCCCUCUGGAACACACCCAAAGCUUAGAGAGGGUCUAUCAGACCUUUGUCCGUUUGUAGAGAAGUUACUGCAGAGGUGAGAUGCAGGAUUGAAGACAUAUGGAGGUGAUGCAGCUGCCUUUUUAUAUCCUUUUCCAUAUGGUUUGUACUUCCUCUAUCCCAUACACAAGCUUACAGCACAUGGGCAUGGAAAGAUACUUAGAGUCCCCUGUCCAUAGGCAUGUCCCUACAUGUCCUGCUGACUCAUGGGCAUAGCCCCUGGCUUCUCUCAAUGGGUCCAUUGUAGAGCUUAGCGGUUCUCAAACUUUAGCAACCCAA